AUGAGUACAACAGAAUUGCAAGGGGACGACUGGGACUUACCUUGUUCAGAUGAUGAAAUAUCAAAAUCUGGUAUUUUUAUUGGUAAACACUGGAUGCCAGAGCCGGCGGAAAUUGAGGAACUUUACAAAGCUUUGGAUAAAAGUGGAACUCUGCCAUUGGAGUGGAAGUGCCCGGGUAGACGACCACCGUCUCCUGUUCCUAUUAGCAAGGAAAACCAACCGGAGCUUCCAGCGUCACCAAUCAGAGAAGAAAAGUCCGACUUCGAUUUCAUGGACGAAGUGAAUUCAUUGCGUUUGCGAGUACGUAGAGAAGGGGAGGAUACAUUGAGAGGCUCAGCUAAGAAGAAAACUACAUCUUUUGAUGGUAUUUUAUCCAAUAUGAUAAGACAUAAAAGAAUAGAGCAGAUGGAGAAACAAGCUAACACAUCUCCCUCCACACCAUCCUCCAGCGGUAGCUGA